CUUGGUCGCACCAACUUCGCUCUGCAGGCGGCAGGCCCCAGUUUGAAAUAGCACUCGCUGUGGACACCACGUACGUUAAUUUCAGUGAAAAAAAUACAAGCAUUUAAUCAAUCAUGGCUAACAUCAUGGAUUUAGCUACCGAAGACAAACUUGAGUACCACUUCUUUCCGGUCUCCAGUGGCUCAGUCCAAUUCAAAGUCAGGACUGCUAAUGAUGCACACAUUGCUCUUACUAUGGGACCCGCUGAAAGCGACCCAAUGGUUGAGAUCUUCCUUGGAGGUUGGGGCAACACAAAGAGUGUGAUCAGAAGGAACAGAACCAAACCUGACAAAGUUGAAAUCGAAACCCCCGGCAUCCUGAACGGUGGAGAAUUCCGCGGUUUCUGGGUACGUUGGGACGGCGGCAUUAUCUCAGCUGGUCGGGAAGGAGAAGCUAUUCCUUUCCUUUCUUGGGCAGAUCCCGAACCUUUCCCGAUCGCAUUUGUCGGAGUAUGCACUGGCUGGGGUGCAACUGGCUCUUGGAAGAUUGAAGAUGGGGCUGAAUUCAAUACUCCGGACAGCUUAGAGUAUAAAUUCGGACCCGUUGUAUCUGGAUCUCUGAAAUUUGAAUAUCGCGGUCCCCACAACUGCCAUGUAUCCCUGACGCAAGCACCCGCAGAGGUGGACCCUAUGUACGAAAUUAUCCUCGGUGGUUGGGAGAACACCAAGUCAGUUAUUAGACACUGCAGACAGAAACCAGACAAGGUUGAGGUACCGACCCCAGGCAUUAUGAAUCCUAAUGAGUUCAGGAAAUUCGCAAUCGAAUGGAGGUGCGGCAGAAUUUUGGUCCGCGACGGCGAGUCGGGCGAGGUUAUUAUGGAGUGGGUAGACCCGGCGCCCUUCGGUAUCACGCACUUCGGCGUGCGAAGUGCCUGGGGAGCCCGCGGACAAUGGCGUAUUUCUCAUUUCAACAACGGCGCUCAGCCACUGCAACCAAGCGCACCCGUAGCCGCACCUUUGUACGCUGCCCCGCCCGGUUACCCCGGAGCUGGCGCCCCGAUUGUGGCCGGUAUCGGCAACUGGGUAAAUGCGACCUCAGGACAAGUACCUCCCGGCGCAGUCGUCGGAGGACAAGACUGCAAUGGUGAACCACUAUACGUCGCUAGGGCACAGCACGAAGGUGCUGUCAUCCCCGGAAAACUGUGCAGCUCACAUGGUUGUGCUUUCGUGCCUUGGGGAGGCAUGGAGCACGGCAAAAACGAAUAUCAGGUUUUGGUCGGUGGGCCCAACAACUGGGUGCGCACAAAUGGCUCUAACGUGCCCCCUGGAGCGUUCCCCGGCGGAGAGACCGAAGACGGUGAGCCUCUUUACAUCGGCCGCGUCAACCACGAAGGCAGCCUGACCACCGGCAAGGUGCAGCAGUCCCACGGCGUCUGCUACAUCUCCUUCGCAGGACAAGAACUGGGUUUCCCCGAAUACGAAGUCCUCAUGCCCUAAGUUAUAUCGGUGUUAAUUGAAUCUCGAUAUUUGUUCGUACGAGUAACUUAAGACUUGCUUUCACAACUUAUAUGAUCAAUUAAAUAAUGCAUAAUUAUUUAGAUAUCAUAUGUAUCUCGAUUCGUAUUUUGUCACGCUGUGCCUGUUCGUACGUACGAGAAUGUUAAUUAUUUACUGCACUGCAUAAUAUUAAGUUAUUUGGUGUUAAAAUGCUAGGAUCACUUAAGUAUCGAAAAA